AUGUUUACAAAAUUGGUGUGCGAAAAGUUGGAAUCUGAAAAGCAAAUGUCCAAUUCUGAUAUUGCCGAGAUUUUAGUGAGGGAACAUUCCACAGGCGAUCCCAAAAAGAAUGAUAACAUUCGUCGCCGUGUCUAUGAUGCGCUGAGCGUCAUUCAGGCUAUUGGUUUAGCCGAAAAGCAUGGAAAAGUAUAUGUCUGGGUUGGAAGACCUUCUAUAUCCUCUACCUCUGAAGAUAAACCUAUGCUGAGCCGCAUGGAGCGAAUUGUGUAG